CACGGCCCUGCCGCGGGGCGGGAGGCGGCUGCCCACGGUCCCGGUCCCCGAGGCAGCCGGCUGUGCCCCCCAGCCCCACUGGGAGCCGGUUGGGCUCCCGCCCCCGAGGAAGCAGGCUGUGUCCCCGGCCGCGCCGGGAGCCAUGAGGUGAGGCGCCGGUGUGCGCGCGCUCGCCUCAGAGCAGCCCCGGGCCCGCUCUCGCCCCUCAGGUGAAGGGAGGCCCCGGCCGUGCUCACGGUGUUGCAUGUGCAGCGAGAGCGGAGAGGCUGGAAGAGGAGCCGCCUCCGGUCCCGGCGCUGCUCACACGGCUCGUUCACCGCCGCGGGUCGGCAGCUCCUGGCUGCCGUCCGCGAUGUGGCCGCGGGGCUGUGCGGCGCUGGCUCAGCCGGACACUGACAGCAGCUGGGACGGGACCUGGACAGUGCGAGCUCCAGCCCUUGCUCAAGCCUCCUAGAAGAGCUGCAAAUGCUGUCCUGUGGAGAACCCACUGACUGUGGUCAGUUGGUGCUUAGCCAGUGACCUGUGGUAGCACCAGGUGAAUCUCAGCACUGACAGAUCAGUAGGUGGCAACGAGGAACGGGUGUGGAAGCCAGAAACUUCACCACAAUGAGAUGCCUCACCCAUCCGCUGCUCAGGAAGUUGUUGAGCCUCCCACCUCAGUGUGUGCCAGGGCGAGGGACUCCAAGUAAAGGUGCUGUCCUCAGUCCAAAGCAGCUGUUUCUGAGGCAGAGCUGCAGAGCAGGGCCUGGGCUCAUGACUGCCACUGAUAUGGUCAACUAUUGGCAGAAGGUGUUCGAGACAAAUGGCAUCCCCGAAGCACAAGAAUCCAGUCAAUAUAUUGUGUCAUUUGUCCUGGGAGCAAAAACAUUUCAGAGUCUGGAUUCUAAAAGCCUCCACACUCCACUUACAGCACUGCAGCAGGAGCAAAUCCAGCAGCUGAGCUACAAGCGGCUACAAAGGAUGCCAGUGCAGUACGUGCUUGGAGAGUGGGACUUCCAGGACCUGACCCUGAAGAUGAGGCCCCCAGUAUUUAUUCCACGGCCUGAAACAGAGGACCUUGUCUCUUUAGUUGUGGAAGAAGAAUUUCAGAAAUGUGAGAAUUCAGCCCUCUGUUUCCCAGUUCCUGUUCCUCAUCCGGUGAUCCUGGAAAUUGGCUGUGGCUCUGGAGCAAUUGCUCUGAGUCUGCUCUGUAAACUGCCACAGAGCAGAGUCAUAGCCAUGGAUAAAGAGGAGGCUGCCGUGGAUCUCACUAGGGAGAAUGCACAUAGGCUGCAACUCCAAGAAAGGAUUCAUAUCAUCCACCAAGAUGUUUCACACAGUUCUGCCAAACAGCUGCUGCUCUGGGGCCCCAUAGAUGUCAUAGUCAGUAACCCCCCAUAUGUUUUCCAUGAAGACAUGGCUUCCUUGGAUGCAGAAAUCCUCUGCUAUGAGGAUCUUGAUGCCCUGGAUGGGGGAGAUGAUGGCAUGAGAGUCAUCAAAACAAUUCUGGCUUUGGCUCCUUCUCUUCUGAAGGUUUCUGGAAGUGUGUUUCUGGAAGUUGAUCCCAGGCAUCCAAAUAUGGUAGAGCACUGGCUACAGUCACACCCAGAAUUACUGCUCACCCUCUGUGCCAUUCACAAGGACUUCUGUGGCAAGCCUAGGUUUCUGCACAUCCAGAAACAAAGCAGCUGACAGCUGUGUCAGACAUAACUCUCCUUGCAGGAUGCUUUUUGCUCUGGAGCCCAGCUGAACAGCUGGUUGAAAACUCCUUCUGCCUUGUGAAAGGAAUCUCCAUUCCCCAGAGUGCUGGACUUUUCAUGCAGUGACAGACCCCUCAUAUCCUGACACAGACCUCAUCCAGAGAUGCAGAAGUUCAGCUGAGCAUGUGGAAGUGUUUCACCUUCCUCAGGGAACUGCAUGAAACAUUUUAGUCUGCUCUGCUAAAGUGACUCAAUCAUCUCAGGACCUAAGAUAGAAGAGUUCACAGCUCCAGAUUAAAAAUACAACUUCUCAACGUGCCAAAUCACCCAUUUGGCCUAGAAAGAAAUUAAUUAUAUUUUUUUAAAUUGGCCUUGAGAUACAUUUAUAUAAAAUGUGACCAGAUGGGGUGAUAAGCUCAAAUCCUGAUUUAUACUGGCACAUGGAUUUGCAGGUAUAACAGGACAUAACUGUUGUGCACAUUUCAAAUGCAGUUCUGUUCCAGGGUCCUGAUGCUCCAAUAGCAAAGCAGCCUUUGCUUCCCACUGCUGCUGAGUGAUUGUCCCUGAAGGAUCAGUGCACAUGUUACAGCACCUGAAUUUACAGCCCUUGACAUUUGGUGGAUGUUGCCAGAAAUGGUCAAUACAUUGUAAUAAAGACAGUGCUUCAGA